AUGCCUGGCGCUACCCUGUCGCUUUGCAUUCCUUCGAUCAGGAGUCUGGUGUCAGAAUCGCGACCUUCAAAGUCCGUCAAAGCAAUGGCACCACAGUCGCAGGUCCCGGAGUCCCGCUUCGAGCCUUGCGCUUCCACGGCCUCGUUAUUCCUCUAUGCUCAGGGUUCAGUGAUUCUAUGUUUGCACCAUGAUACGUUGGCCGUGGAACGUCGCUUUACUAGUCACCAGGAUAAUAUCGAUUUCAUCUCGGUGGAUAAUGUGAGCGAGCGCGGUGCGGGGAGGCUGGUUGUCAGUUACGACGUAGGCCAAACUGCGAUUGUAUGGGACAUUUUUACGGGUACCGAGAUCGCACGAUUUGCAUCAUUCGAGCAUCUGAGAGUCGCAUCGUGGAUGCGCAAUGGAAAUGUUGCAUUUGGCAACGGUAAAGGCGAGGUAAUUCUUUUUGAACCCCCAACAUCAGAACAUAUCUCAGCGCGCACGAUAUUCGACCCAAUUACGGCUCUUGCGCCAGCGACAGAUUGUCGCACAUAUGCGAUUGGUUACCAGAAUGGAUCUAUCUUGAUCGCAAAUCUUCUUCCACAAUUUACUAUCCUUCAUACCUUGACUACUUCUCGUGGACCAUCGCCAAUAAUCUCUCUAGCAUGGCAUGCAUCGUCAUCAAAACAGAAAUCAGACAUGUUGGCGACGCAGGCUUCCGAUGGUGAUCUACGAGUUUGGAGUGUAGCAAAACCACCAGGAAAAGAAGCACCAAGGGUUAUUCGAGUGCUUAAAAGAUCCGAUUCGACAUCUUCAGAUCCAAAGUGGAUGGCGUGGUCCAAAAAUGGAAGAAUUGUGCAAUAUCUGGAGGGGGAAACGUGGUCUUGGGAUGUUCGAACAAAGCACGUAACGUAUGAGCCAAUUCCUACGAUUCAGGGUGUAAGAGGCAUGGCGAGCUAUGGUCCGACGGCAACUCUUUUCACAAUUGGUCCUCAGGAUACAGUACAACAGUACGACCUGGAAACUUCAGCUAUGGUUGCCAACGUUCAACACCUUGCAGUUGGGUCACGAUCAACGGCAUCUGAAGGAAGCCGUUCAAGAACAAUGUCUCCACGCCUGCUACAAGAUCCCCCCGACAUUCGAGAGAAAGGGACCGGGAGACGGACCCCAUUUGAGACGAAUGGUGUGGAGAGUGCGAAGCAAGCGAGAGCGGACCUGAUUAGCCCUGCGUCUUCGAGAAGCCGGACGGAAUCUGUCAGCUCGAAAGCAUCAUCCGGGAAGUAUAAGAUGGAACGGCCCUUCUCACCACCGAGUCGAUCUGCCCAGAGUGGCACGUCAUUCUCCAUGAGCGGCCGAGAUACCCCACAACCUUCGGCCUCUUAUGCUUACGCAUCUUCCAUCUCCAUGUCGUCCGCGAAGAGCUCUCGUGCUGGAUCUCGACUUCGGAACGAAGUUCACCUGAGUCCCGCUGAACGAAAUAUAGUCGAUCUCUUUCCUUUUACACGUGCACGAUUGAACGAUGUACCAUAUAGACAGACGCCGCCUCUCGAUGAGACUCAUCUGACCCCAGAUGAUCUACGACAACAGAUGCUUAGUGUAGUGUUCGGGUGGGAUGGUGAUAUUCAAGAUUUGUUGAGAGACGAGCGUAAGUCUACAGUCAUUUAUCUGUCGAUACGCGCUAACGGAAUUCAUAGUGAGCCGCCACAAGGAAGGAAGCCAGAGCGCUAUUUUACUAACCCGGUGGUUGAACGAGAAUGA